AUGAACGGUUUCCCGCUGUCUGGCGUGCUCUUUCUGUGCGCCCUGUGCCUGCCGUCCACCCUACCGGGCGGACAGGUACCAGUGACUCCCAGCUGCCACGAGGUGCGCGCGUCAUUUCAGUCUCUGCACCCCGGGUCGAAAUGGGCAAUGGAGACCCCAGUUUCAGGUGCAGACCUGCAGGUGUGCCAGCCCAAGGGCCUGACUUGCUGUUCCAGGAGGAUGGAGGAACGUUACCAGAUGACUGCCAGGCAGAAUAUGGAGUCAGGCCUGCAGACAGUCAGCGCACCGCUCAAACUCCUCAUCAUCCAGAAUGCAGCUGUCUUCCAAGAGGCAUUUGAGUUGGUGUUGCGUCACGGCCGUAACUCCACCCUGCUGGUGCUGAAGGCGGAGUUCCCUGGGCUGGGGGGCGGGGCCCAGGGGGCGGUGGGGCAGCUCUUCCUGGACGUGUCUCUCUACAUCCUGGGCUCAGACUCCAGCGUGGAACACAUGGUCCAGGCCUUCUUCACCCGCCUCUUUCCCCUGACCUACCGACACCUGCUGGGAGGUGGCGCAGCACCCAUAUCUGAGGAAUGCCUGCGGGGGUCGUGGAAGGACUCCAUAGCAUUCGGACCCUACCCUAAACUCAUUAUGACUCGUUUGUCACGCUCCCUCCUGGCCACGCGUGUGUUCCUGCAGGCGCUGAACCUGGGCAUUGAGGUGGUCAACACCACUGACCACCUGCGCCCAGGUAGGGACUGUGGGCGCGCCCUUCUGAGGCUGUGGUACUGCCCACACUGCCAGGACCUGCUGGGGGCCCCGGCCUGUAAAGGGUUUUGCCAGGCUGUAAUGUCAGGGUGCCUGGGGGGUGCGGCGGAGGUACAGCCCCACUGGAGGGGGUAUGUGGAGGGGCUAGGGAAACUGGCGGGGGCCAUGAGGGGGGAGCAGGACAUGGAGGCUGUGAUGAUGAGGUUACAUGUGCUGGUCAGACUGGCCCUCAGACACGCUGUCAAAGCACGCCCCCGCCUACACGCAAUGGUGAGCAGUACGUGUGGCCACGCCCCCCAGCGUGUGUCUCGCUCAGUGGCGCCCUUUCCUGACCAGACCCCUGCUGCCCAGGCGUCCCGCAACCCACAGCCUUUACCCUACGAUCCUGAGGAGACCUUGGCCGGUCGCCGCAGGGAGUUUAUUUCCAGCCUGAGGGGAUUCAGUUCCUUCUUCAGUGGUUUGGGAGAGGCUCUGUGUAGCCGGGAGCCUGCAGCGCCAAGCAACCACUCCCUCUGCUGGAACGGACAAGAAAUGACAAACAGGUUUCCUGUCCCAGGUGUGAAGCGCUCUCACCCUCAUGGCCCUGACCCUAAGAUCAAAGCCCCUGAACCAGUCAUCUCCCAGAUCAUCGACAAACUCAAACACAUCAACCAGUUGCUGCGUCUGGUGACGGUGCCUGAGAAGCGCUGGAGAGCCCGGUCAGGUGGGGGUCAAGGGCCGGAAGGACGGAGCAAGGGAGAGGAGGAGGACGAGUGGUUCGAGAGUGGCGACUGUGAUGACGAGGAUGACUGUGCUGGGGUGUCGGGGCUCGGGCCACCCCCUCACCGUAAACGCUUACGUAUCUUUGCAGAUCUGGCAGAUAACCUGGCUAUGGAUGACUUCACGUUCCAUGACCAUUUGCUGACCCCUCAGCUCACUUCCGACAGGGCGGGAGGGCCGUCUUCGUCUGCUGCUGUCCUGGUUCUGAGUCACCUGGAUGGGGCUCUCCCUCUGACCCUCUUCCUUCUCCUCCUGCUGCUGCUUGGACACCAGUGACCAGUAAUCAGUGAUCCAUCCCUGCUUCUCACCCACAGCUUUCAGAAGAAGAAGAAUUUAUUACUCUAUAAGAGACAGAUAUGUGUCUUCUGCUGUAACCAACCCCUCUAAAAUAUAUAUAUAUAUAUAUAUAUAUAUAUAUAUAUAUAUAUAUAUAUAUAUAUUAUAUAUAUAAGCCCUGGGGCUUACAGCAGACUGAUUCUGAGAUUUCACAAACAUAGUCAGACAUUGUUUUGACACUAUUAAGAUGGCAUUACUACUGAGGCCUCCCAUGCCUCCCACCUAUCUCUCCUCUCUUUCCUCUCUCCCCUCUCUUCACCCCUCUAUCCUCUCUCUCCACCCCUCUAUCUAUCUCCUCUCUCUCCUCUCUCCUCUCUCCUCGCUCUCUCUCUCCUCUCUCUUCUCUCUCUCUCUCCUCACUCUUCUCUCUCUCCUCUCGCUCCUCUCUCUCCUCUCGCUUCUCUCUCUUCUCUCCUCUGUCUCCUCUCUCUCUCCUCUCGCUCCUCUCUCUCCUCUCUCCUCUCUCUCCUCUCUCCUCGCUCCUCUCUCUCCUCGCUCUCCUCUCUCCUCUCUCUUCUCUCCUCUCUCUUCUCUCUCCUCUUUCUCUUCUCUCUUCUCUCUCUUCCCUCUCUUCUCUCUUCUCUCACUCUCUUCUCUCACUCUCUUCUCUCUCCUCGCUCUUCUCUCUCCUCGCCCUUCUCUCUCCUCGCUCUCCUCUCUCCUCGCUCUCAUCUCUCUUCUCUCUUCUCUCUUCUCUCUCCUCUCUUCUCUCUCUGUCUCCUCUCUUUUCUCUCUCCUCGCUCCUCUCUCCUCGCUCUCCUCUCUCUUCUCUCUCCUCUCUUCUCUCUCUCUCCUCUCUCCUCUCUCUCCUCUCUCUUCUCUCUCCUCUCUCUUCUCUCUCCUCUAUCUUCUCUCUCCUCUUUCCUCUCACCUCUUUCUUCACCCCUCUCUCCCCACCCCUCUAUCUCUCUCUCCUCUCUCCUCUAUCUCUCUCCUCUCUCUCAUCUCUCCUCUCUCUAUUCUCUCCUCUCUCCUCUCUCUCCUCUCUCUCCACAGCAGACUGAUUCUGAGAUUCCACAAAUAUAGCCAGACAUUGUUUUGACAGUAUUAAGAUGGCAUUACUACUGAGGCCUCCUGUGUACAGAACAGUUCAAUGACUCGUCCAAAGCUGACAUGGGACUUUAUGUGUCAGCUCUUUGUGAAUGAACUGUCCUCUCAAUCUGUUUAAAACUCUGCUUGCUGAAUAGAGACUCAUGGAUGUCCUUUGUCUUCGACUGCCAGGCCAUCCAACUGUUCUAGAUAAACCCAAUGCACCAUGUAAAUAAGUGACUAUGGCCUUUCCCUUCCCUCCCCUCUGGCCUCCUCUCAUUCUGGUUAAGUGCUCCCAUUACUCUUUCCUCAUAGGGAAUCCCCCCCCCAGUACAGCUAACCCAUCUAGACUAAACCUGGUGUUGUGACAAAGUAACUGUCUGAGUCUCUGAGGCCCUUAGAGCUGAGACUCUCAUCCCUAGAGGAGCUACAGGUGUUCUGUUCUUUCGGGUGAAGAGGACUCAGAACUCACAGAGUGGACAGACUCUCUCUGUCUCCACCCUUCUAUCUCUCUCCUCUCUCCUCUCUCCUCUCUCCUCUCUCUCUCUCCUCUAUCUCCACCACUUUCUCACUCUCUCCUCUCUCCGAUCUCCUCUAACUCUCUCCUCUCUCUCUCCUCUGUCUCCACCACUCUCUCUCUGAUCUCCUCUCUCCUAUCUCCUCUCUCUCUCCUCUGUCUCAACCACUCUCUCUCUCUCCUCUAACUCCCUCCACUCUCUCCACCCCUGUAUUUUUCUGUCCUCUCUCCUCUCUCUUCAUCCAUCUCUCAUUUUACCUCUAACUCUCUUUCCUUUAUCUGUCUCUCCUCUCUCUUCCCUCCUCUAUCUCUCUCUCUGUCCUCUUUCUCUCACUCUCACUACAUUGUGUCGCCCUGCAGGGAGAAGGCAUUGAAAGCAGUUAGUUAGCUCUGACGCCCACUUCCUCCGUGGGCAGUAAAAGUAUCCCUGGGAUGUGUUGCGAUUAGAGGACAUUAAGGGGUUAAGGGGUUGUUGUGAACUCACAGGUCCCACAGGCCAAGUUGACACCCAACUGGGAUGAAUUUCAAAAUGUGCUUUAAACAUGCUGUUUGUCAGAGCAGGCGGUGUAUUUACUUUGUCUGUCUGUCUGUCUGUCUGUCUGUCUGUCUCUCUCUUCCUGUCUGUCUGUCUCUCUCUUCCUGUCUCUCCCUCAUUCUGUCUGUCUCCCCCUCUCCCUCUCUUCUUGAUUGUGACCUGAUGAAGACAAAAUUAUGCCUGGUAGAUUUAAGGUUAGCUCCGAGAGUCAACCCCUCCAAGUCACUUGUCCCACUCUUGUCUCGGCUGAUGCGCCACCAUGGCAACUGUUUCCAGGAAGCAUUGUAUUGGAUCAGAUUGAUUCGCCUGACUCAAGUGUUUGUCUCCUUUCAACCAUUAGUGUUCGCUUCUAUUACUGUUUGGAAACACCUUGUAGUGCUUUUUCAGUAGUAACCUUUCCCAAAAAUUAAAAGGAUAGUUCACCCCACAAGAGGUUAAUUGUGGUCUUAGCUGUUGAAGAAAAAUAACAAGUGUUUUCUGUCUGCUUGGUUAGCUGAUCAGUAAAGCUAGUAACUCAUAGGAGUAUAUACAGAUGUAGGAUCAUCAUUUGAUCACUCUUUUGUUGCUGAGAAUUUUCCUGCACGGCAGGAAAUGAAAACUUGUAGUGUAUUGAAGGUUUAAAAAGGCUUCUAACUGGCUCAAAUUAAGAUUCUACAUCUGUAUUCUCCUAUCCUUGCCUGAAAACUGUACAUAAUGUUGUUUUUGUUGUCUGUAUUUUUGAUGCCAUGAUCAAGAAUUAUGUUUAAUUGCAAUGUUGAUAGUUUUGAAUGAAGAUGAAUGAACAACCCUGCCAUCAACUGGUCAAGAAUACCUCCUGAUAGGAGGAGCCAUCUCUUUUCUCUUCUGAUUUGUGUCCCAAAUGGCACCCUAUUCCCUAUAUACAGAUGUAGGAUCUUAUUUAUUUGAUCACUCUAUUAUUUGAUCACUCUAUUGUUGCUGAAAAUGCAAACCUGUAGUGUAUGAGUUUUUAAAAGGCUUCUAAAGUUUGUAAUUUCCACUUUAAAAGGUCAGACUUGAUUUGCCCUAACAAAACAUAUAUCAACCCUUACAAAAAACAUCCAUUAAUUAUAAUUCAUGUACUAAUUAACAUUUCCUGUUGCUGCAGGAUUAUUUUCCUGCUGUAUAAAACUGGCUCAAAUUAAGAUCGUACAUCUAUCUGUAUUAUCCUAUCCUUGCCUGAAAACUGUACAGAAUGUUGUUUUUUGUCUGUAUUUUUGAUGCCAUCUUCAAGAAAUAUAUUUAAUUGCAAUGUUGAUAGUUUUGAAUGAAGAUGAAUGAACAACCCUGCCAUCAACUGGUCAAUAAUACGUCCUGAUAGGAAGAGCAUUCUCUUUUCUCUUCUGAUCUGUGUCCCAAAUGGCACCAUAUUCCCUAUAUACAGGUGUAGGAUCUUAAUUUUACUUAAUUUCACUAUUGUUGCUGAGAAUUUUCCUGCACAGACGGAAAUGCAAACUUGUAGUUUAUUUGAGUUUUAAGCAGGCUUCUAAAGUGUGUAAUUUCCACUUUGAAAUUUCAGUCUUGAUUUGCCCUAAUGAACAAUAUAUCAACCCCACAAAAAUGUAAAUUAAUUCACAUUUCCUGUUGCAAACUGACUUAAAUUAAGAUCCUACAUCUGUAGUGCACUGCUUUUGACCAGAGCCCUAUUGGCUUGGUCAAAAGUAGUGCACUACAUAGGGAAUAGGGUGCCAUUUGGGAUGCAAGCAAGCUGUACAUUCCCAGCAGUAUUUAGCAUGGGGAAAGAGCAAGGAGGAAUAUGUGUAGAGACAAUGUACAGUUUUGUUUUAUCUUUAAUUACAUUCGAGUUCUCCACAACUUUUCGGAAGUUUGCUAUUUUCAAACCUUCCCGAUGCUUGGAAGGUAUAUAUUAAUUGUAUGUACAAUAAUACAAGGCUGGUUCAAAACCAGGACUUACAAAUA